AUGUCUAGCAUCCCAACGACUGAAUUACUUGUCUUCAACACCACAGAGGAGUUUCGUAAGGACCACUCAAUUUUGUACCCCACACUCGACUUGGGUUUGAAGUCUGAUGGUGUCCGGAAGCCCGCCUACAUCGGGGUGCAGUUUGAGGACCCAGCUACAGGCUAUAUGAUCAUCACCUGGAGAAAACAUAUGGCGGUAGCGGAGACCCCCCUAUUGCAACCUAUGCUGGAAGCUAUGAAACCCGUCUUCGAGGGCUCGUUGAAGGCGAACCACAUAAUUUUCAAUGAUCACACCACUGCAUUCCAGCAGCCUGUCACAGAAUUUCUCCUCCUCACGCCGAAAGACCCUAGUCAUCGCGCAGAAGUGUUCGACAUCCUCACUAAGCUCUCGGACUCAACUAAGCAGAUGCUCGUGUUUGGGCCUGCGUUGGAGGAUGAUAAUGAAAUUGUUAUGGUUUGCGGUUGGCCGAGCGUUGAUGUAGGUGUCAAGAUUAUCGAGAUUUGGGCAUAUCGUGCUGUCGUUAAUGUUGACCUACAGGCCCAUUGGGAAACGGUCUCUAAACCCGAGCCGAAAGCCGCUCUCGAACGGCUGUACACUAUUGCCAACAAGAUCCAUCAGUUCCAUACUUCCUUAACCCCAUAUUCAGGAAAGUAG